AUGCUCCUUCCCAAUGACACCCAAUUUCACCCUUCCUCCUUCUUGUUGCUGGGGAUCCCAGGACUAGAGACUCUUCACAUUUGGAUCGGCUUUCCCUUCUGUGUUGUAUACAUGAUUGCUCUCCUAGGAAACUUCACCAUCUUGUUUGUGAUCAAAACUGAGAGCAGCCUCCACCAGCCCAUGUUCUACUUUCUGGCCAUGCUGGCUACCAUUGACUUGGGCCUCUCGACAGCAACCAUUCCUAAGAUGCUUGGGAUCUUCUGGAUUAAUCUCAGAGAGAUCACCUUUGAGGAUUGCCUUAUACAGAUGUUUUUCAUCCACAAAUUCACACUUAUGGAGUCAGCAGUCCUCUUGGCGAUGGCUUACGACCGCUAUGUGGCCAUCUGCAACCCACUUCGUUACAGUAUCAUUCUUACCAACAAGGUUGUCUCUAUGAUUGGUCUUGCUGUGCUAGUGAGGGCAAUUAUCUUUGUUAUUCCAUAUAUAUUUCUAAUUUUGAGACUGCCUUUCUGUGGGCAUCACAUCAUUCCCCACACCUACUGUGAACACAUGGGUCUCGCUCGUCUGUCUUGUGCCAGUGUCAAGGCCAAUAUCAUUUAUGGCUUAUGUGCCAUAUGUAAUUUACUGUUUGACAUAGUAGCUAUUUCCCUUUCUUACAUACAAAUACUACGUGUUGUGUUUCAUCUCCCUUCUCGGGAAGCCCGAAUCAAGUCCCUCAGCACUUGUGGUUCUCAUGUCUGUGUCAUUCUUGCCUUCUACACACCGGCUCUCUUUUCUUUCAUGACACACCGCUUUGGUCGAAAUGUGCCUCGCUAUAUACAUAUAAUUCUGGCCAACCUUUAUGUUGUAGUGCCGCCAAUGCUCAAUCCUGUCAUAUAUGGAAUAAGAACCAAGCAAAUCUAUGACCGUGUGAAGAAAAUGUUAUUGCAAAUGCAAGGAAAGGAAAAAGAAUAG